UACUUUUACACUGUAAAUUUUACUUUAAUUCUUUUGUUGAAAGCUCAACAAUUUGCUUUAAAGCGGGAGUUUAUUUUUCAUCAAUUUCCUGACAAAUUUGUGUGGCGUGAAUGUGAGAUAUUUUAACAUUUUAGUGCUAUAAUGGCAACAUCUGCUAAACCAAAUGUGUUAAACCCACCACCAGAUGAGCCAAGUUAUAUUUACGACAAUUUUAUCAACGAUCUGUGCAAGGCAAUUUCGAGCGAGGAAUUAAAGGAAUUGAAAGAUCGUUUUAAAGAUGUUAUUGAUUCUAAGGUCAAUGACCCAAGGCAGAUGUUUAGUGACCUGAAAGAAAAGGGUUAUAUAAACUGUUAUAAUAUAAUUUACAUUCAACAAAUUAUACGCGUACUUAAGAGAGAUGACCUUCUCGAAGUUGCUACCAGAUACACUACACUGUUCGAGGAAGACAAGGUUCUGCACUUCUAUGAAAAAUCCACCGUGCUUGCCACCGGUUGUAGUAUCGUUGAAUUCCAUGUUGUUGGACAGAAUAGUAGGUUAUCAAGAGAGGAUAUUGAAAACUUGCGAAAGAAAAUAUCAACCAUUCUGUUGGUUCCACUUCAUGAAGUCAUAUUCAAAGGAGUACAAGAAACUCAAAGUAUUCUUGUCACUGUAAUGCUUCCAGAUAUGUAUGUUAAAUUUCUCGAAAGGCAGCUGCGAAAACACACACAGUACAUUCUUGCAUCUCUGAUGCAACAAAACAUAGAUCAAGUUAUUUUCCCAGCAGGUAUAUUUCAGCUGCAGAAAGAGGGUACAUACUUCAUAGUGAAAGAAGUUCCUACAUCAGUGCAGAAUGAAAAAAGCGAAACUAUGUCAAAUGGAAAUAAGGGACAAACCGAUUCAUCUGAUGAUUUAUUGAAAAGAAAAGCAAAGCCAGAAACACAGAUUUCAAAAUUAACUAAACAAAAUCAUAUGAGUGCAGAAAGCUCUUUACAGAUCAGAAAUGUAUUGACAACUAUACAUGUAGCCAGCUAGGAAAGCAGAGAUUAAACAGACAUAUUAAACACAUACUGGAUAAACAUCUUGAUGGUAGACAGAUAAGGAUCAAGUCCGUUGCGGCCGCUGUUACUGGAAAAUUCUAUCAAACUUUCUUACUGAAACAAAUAUGUCCAAACAUGUUUGGUUCUGACAGUCUUGGCAGUAUCCCUAAUACUCAACUGCAUAAUAUGGACAUUUACCUUGAAAUUCAACACCUUCAAUAAUUAACAUUUAAAUACAGCACAAGUCUCGUAGAUAGCAUGAUUUUAUAUCAUUUACGGAAAACAAAACAUUUACAAUACUGUAUAAGUGGUUAAGUUAGCGAGGUGGAAAUAUUGGCGAAUUUCGCGAAUUGACAAAUUUCGCUAACAUUUUCUGCAGCGUAAAUAUCAGCCAACCCAUCAUAAAAACACCAGUAGUAAACGAGAGAGAUUGACCCUCUGUAUAUAUCUGUACUCUAUACACGUUUUUAAAGCUACCUUUUUAGGCCUUAAAUACGUCAAACAAAAAAGCCAGAGUUCUUUGUUUAUAUUUCAAAAAGGUAAAGAUUAUCAUAAUUUGAUUAAAUUCCAUUCAUUGGUUGACAGAUAUAAAACUAGCAAAGCUAAUUACCGUAAACUGGCAUAGGCGAGUACGGAAGCGAGAAAACAUACUGACUUUUAAAAUUGCAUUUCACACCUUUACAAAAUGUAAUAAAAGGAUUUACUUCAAUACAUAUUGUUAGCCUUUUUCAGGUUGAUAAUUACACAUAUUCUGCUUUCCUUAAUAAAUACUAGUACGUUUUCAAGUAAUUAUUUUUUUAUAAAGAAAAGACAAACAACAAUUUUAGUUAUGUGUAACCCAUUCUUUUAUAUAUGAACGUUCACUGGCUCCUUAUAAGGGAUAAUAAUGCUGUCAUGCAGCAAAAAUAUAAUUAUUACGCCAGGCCAGACACAUUAGUGAUUCUUAUGAAAAGCUAUUUUUCAUGCAAGUUGGAAAAAGGGAAUUCGCUAAUAUUUCCGCACGCCAAAUGUCUGGAAUUCCGAAUUCGCUAACUCUUCGACCCGCGGAAAUAACCACUUAUACAGUACUACCUUUUUCUGUUACUGAGCUGAUCAAAAUCGUGUGAAUGUGGCUAUUUUAUACUCUCGAGUUCCCAUGUCCUGUCACUAAAAAUCUGUUCUGUAUUUACUAUCAUGUCUUUCCUGGGUAAAGUGUAUUUAAUUUAUGUUUACUAAAGAUUACUUCAGGUUUUUAUAUAUUAAGAUAUAAGAGAGAAUAUAUAUGUCUGUGUGUGUGCUUGUGCGUGUUUAAGUCAUGUCAGUUUAAAUAUAUUUCAUGUUCACACUCUCUAAUGAACAAAUCAAUCAUCACAAUUUUCAACACAUUUCACUGUUCUUUGUCGGCACAUAAUGCAUAAAUUGCUAAAACUAAAUUCAUUUCAUUUGAAAAAUGCUUAAAAUUCCAAUUUUUAACAGAUUUAACCGUUCUUCGACGGAAUAUAAAUCAUGAACUGCUGAAAUUAAUUUUAUUUUGUAUAUCAUAAAGACUUCAAAGACGACUUAAGGAGACCAGAUCGUGGCUCAUGUUUAUCGUUUCGGCGCAGAAUACAGCAGUAUCUAAGCACCAAAACAGGUUUCAAUUUUGUGAUGAGGCCUUCUUUGCACGUAUGCCGUCGGCACCCUGACAGAUAUAAUCAAUUUGGUCAAGUUCAGGCCAUUUUUCGUCUGAACAGGUGUUGUAUUCAAGCGGUCUUAACAUACAAUUUAGCCUGGUGACCCAUACAUUUUUGGCCAUUUUUAUGUUCACAAUACAAGUAUCUAUACACAAGGAAAACAAACAAAAAAUCUAUGAAACAUUUUUUUGAAAUUAAAAAAAUAUAUUCUUAUUUCAUUGAAAAAAGUUCACAAACGUAAAUAUGAGACAAUAUUUUUUUUUCAUUUGGACCCAUCAUUGUAAUGAUAUUG